AUGUCUGUUUUAUCUAUUGCUUUUUUAUGUCUCUUUAUAUUACCAUUUGCUUAUAUUAACAGUCAAAGUGGUCCAUAUGAUUCAACAUGCAACUGUACUUCAAUAUCAUCGAAUGAAAUUGAUGAUCAUGGAAAUAUUACAACAUCUUUAUUUAUAUCAUCUAAUCAUUUAAUAUUCUUAGGAAAUGAUACAGAAUUGAAAUCUGCUAUAUUUGCUAGUCAACUGCAUUUAGGUGAUCAUAUAAAAUAUAUUUAUAAAAAUGAAAUUAUAGCAGCUGAAAUUCAAAAUAUAUAUUUAACAAUAGAAGCAGGUUAUUAUGCACUUUUAGUACCAUCAGGUACCAUUAUUAUUGAUAAUACAUUAGUAUUAUAUUAUAUAUCAGUUAAAAUCAUUAUUUAG